AUGGAAUUACCAAGCAAUUUUUACGAAUAUCACUUCAGUCGUCUUGGUGCUGAGAUCUGUACUAUUGUGUUAUCAGCAUUCUCCCCCAAAGAGGAACAUCAGGCUCCUCGAAUGUCCCCGUGGCUAGGAGACUAUCCGGAAGAAUUCAUCAGAUAUGUUGAGCUUGUAGCUCAUAUGGACGCACGCGCAGGGAAAUGGGAUAGACUCCUUCGUGAUAGGGGUGAGAGAACGAACCUCCUUCAAGCUAUCAUUUUCAAGGCUCUCGACAAUCGAGUCUUUUCACGGCUGCUGUUUGGCGCCAGCUCCAAGCAUGAUGAGACAUUGCAUAAUUCCGAUGUUGCACUCAUCACUGCAGAAGGUUUCCAACGUAGUGAACUCCGAGCCCAUACCAACAGAGUUUGGCUUAAAAAGAGCAGAGGGGAGCCCGACUUAUUAUGGAGUGAGGUCGACAAGCUUACCACCGAGGUUUACCUUCUGCUGCUCCACGUCUACGAGUUCACGGCCAGCUUUGAUGGUUAUGAACCCAUUUCCAGAACGGAGUUGUAUCAGCUACUGCACGAUGUGAUUUCAUACGCAGGUUGGCUCAGCGUGGGACUUCGCAUGUCAUCAGCCAUCGUCUCGAUCAACUGGCUCAUACCUGGUGAGCUGUACGCACUGAACCAAGUGAGCACCUGUCAACCGGCGUACCAGGCUUCAAAGGAGGCAGCUCAGCAGCAUGAUAUGCGGUUACAGGAGCAGAGACCUGAAAGAAAGCAAAUGAGCUCUAUGGCCAGAGUCAAAAUAUCCGUCAUUCCAGAGAUCAUUCAAUACCGGCCAUAUCCCAAGGACGCGAAUGUCGAGGGUAUUGAUUCCUACAUAAUAAUGGAGCCGCAUGCGGUGCAUUACGAAGGGUUUCUAGAAGAGCACGAUGAGAACAGGGCCUUCAUCAGCUUGCCAGACUACAUCAAGAAGCUACGGGAUAGAAAUUGCGCACCACGUAACACUGCCCUGGUCAUAAUGGUCACUGUGUUGACCUGUUUGUGGGUUCUUUAUACCAUCUCGGGACAACAAACCUGGCAGAAAGCCAGGGGAUGGGUGAUUCCGGAACCUGAGCCUGAACCUAAGAAACCAUGGUAUAGACCAUGGUAG